GUUGGCGGCACCGUCAGAUAUCGUCACCGACACAGAUGAAAAGGAGCGCUCGCCCUGCACAGGAAGGAUCGCGGUCUCCUCGAAAUAUCGUCCGCAAGUCGUUUCAAAAUGCGGCUGCUUACGCUGCUCCUUGUGGUGUCAGCGUGCUGGUCAUCAUGUCGUGGUCUGCGCAUCGACAAGUCGACGGGCGCCUAUGAGGAUAUCGUGGUGGCCAUCGACAAAUCUGUGGAGCCCGACGAACGGAUCAUCGACAACAUCAAGGCCCUGUUCCGCUCUGCCUCGACGUUCCUCCACCGGGCCACCCGCGGCCUGGUGCACUUCGGCAGCGUGACCAUCGCCAUCCCGGACACGUGGCCCGAUAGGCAGAAUGCGAACAUCACCGCGGCCAACCUGUUCCCGGCGGCCGACGUGAGGGUGGCCGCGGCGAACCCGCAGUACGGUGACACUCCGUACACCUUACAACCCCGAGGGUGCGGUGAGCGCGGAGAGUACGUCCACCUGACGCCACGCUUCCUGGGAGAGAUGAACGACUCCAUCGUAGAGGCCUACGGCAGUCCGGCCUACCUCUUGGUGCACGAGUGGGCGCACUUCCGGUACGGCGUGUUCGACGAGUACGGCGACCCCAGGAGCUUCCGGUACCCGAGCCUCUACUGCGAGUUCGGCUUGGUCCGCGCCAGCACCUGCUCGCAGCGCCACAAGUUCACGGUGUACACGGACUCCGGAGAGCCUUGUCGCAUCUACCGGGGCUGCCGCGUGUCUUCCAAGUGCAAGGCUCACUUCUCGCGGAACAGCGAGAACCCGGUCACGUCGUCCAUCAUGUUCAUGCCUUACAUCAAUGGGGUGUCGGAUUUCUGUGACAAAGACGGCGACAGGAAGCACAACGCCUAUGCUCCUAACAAGCACAACCACCUUUGUGAGCGCAAGUCCACCUGGGAAGUGAUCAGCGCCAAUGAGGAUUUCAAGGGACUUCCUCCUGCCGAUCUCUCAAAGGCAGUGGACGUCAGGUUCAUCGAAGUCCAGAAACGCAGAGGUACCGUCGGCAGGGUGAUCUUCGCCCUGGACGUUUCAGGCAGUAUGUCGACCAACAACCGCAUCGGGCACCUCAGAGAAGCGGCGAGCCACUACAUUCGGGUCAUCGUACCGGACGGCUUGGAAGUGGGCCUGGUCACCUUCAACGGCGUGGCCCGGGUGGAAGCCCCACUGACGUCCAUACAAAGGCCUACGAGGGAACAGCUGGUUGCUAGCGUACAGCGGCUCCGCGAGGGCGGCAAUACGUGCAUCGGGUGCGCCUUACGGCAGGCCUUGCAGAUGUUCAAAGAAAACAACCAAUCCGCGGCCGGCUGUGUCAUCAUUCUAAUGACCGACGGCGAAGAGAAUGUGCGUCCACACAUCGACGACGUCAUGGAUGAACUGAUCGCCGCUCAGGUGGUGGUCAACACCAUCGCCUUCGGCACGAUGGCCGAGAAGAAGCUGGAAGAGCUUGCGCUGCGCACUCUAGGCAAGCCGUUCUCACUCCGUGAUGGUGAGUCCAGCGCAGCCGUCGCCUUGGAGUCCGCCUUCCUGGACUCAACCACUGCCAUGUUGGACGACGACGAGAAGCCGGUUGUGAUCUUCGAGCGAGCGGCCAAAAUUGUGGACACGAGAGAGUUCCCGAUACUGGUCGACGCAGACCUGGGGAACUCGACCACAGUUUCGGUGCAGUCCAACAAGGCGUCCGAUCUCAAGGCGGAGCUGCGCUACCCUGACGGCAAGACCUGCCAAGACUGCCUGGAGUCUGGCCCCGCGAAGAGUGGGAGCUAUAUCACCUUCAGGAUACCCGGCGUCGCCACGCCGGGCACCUGGACCUUGGUGGUGUCCCAAAAUGCACUCGGAAGUGGCGAGGCUAACAUCCACGUUCGUGCCACUUCCCUGGCGGGUAAUCGAGGCACAAAGCCUGUGCUGGUGCGUGCUUUUCUAAAGCAACCCGAGGUGAACAGCGCUACCGAGGCUGUCGUCUACGCCGAGGUCACCAAGGGCACACAAGUGGUUCUCCACGCCAAGGUCACGGCUACCGUCAUCAGGCCCAGGAUGCCUUACGAGGUCGAUGUGGAGCUAUUCGACGAUGGCCUAGGCGCCGACGUGACGGCCAACGACGGCAUCUACAGCAGCUACUUCACGCAGUUCGACGGCGUUGGCCGCUACUCCGUCUCGGCCCGUGUCGUCAGCAGCAACGACUCCGUCAUUGCGCAGGGGCGGAAAGCAUCUGGAGGUCUUCCCGCGCCUCAGCUACUGGGGGAGCCGGUCGUCGGUGCAGCCACGGCACCCACGGACGAGGCUGGAGGCAUUCCGCUCGACCAGUUCGUCUACGUGGACCAGGACAUCGAAGAGGCCGAGCCCCAGGUCGCGUACGUCGAGAAGGCGCCCCAGUUCGAGCGCUACGCCGAAGGGGGCUCGUUCCGGCUCGGUCACGAGAUCGACGGGUCGACGAUUCCUCCGGGUUCCAUUCAGGACCUGAGCGUGGAGGACGUCUUUGUGGGCGACAACGGCGACCACGUGGUCAUCCUGGCGUGGACCUGCCCGGGAGCCCACCUGAACUUUGGAAGCGCUUCCCGAAUCGAACUCAGGGCGAGCACGCUCCUGAGCGACCUCAUCGACGACUUCGACUCGGCGUUCGAGAUCCGAGACAACUCCACGGAUCACGGAGGCAUCGCGUCGGGACCCGUCGGCUCGAGGCAGCGCCUGCGGUUCUCCGUGCCCGACGAGCUGCUCGCGGUCGCGCGGAACGCCUCGCGCCUGGACUUCUACUUCGCGUCCAGGGUGUGGAACGAGGCGCAACUGUCCUCUCCGGUGUCCAACGUCGCCAGGGCCACGUUCCAAAGACCGCCCCCGCCGCGGGCGGGGUCGACGACCUGGCUGCCGACAUGGGCCGUCGUGCUGAUCGUUGUGGGAGUCGUGAUCGCGGUGGGCGGCGCGGUCGCUGCAGCGCUAGUGGUCGUCAAGCGACGCAGGAAAGUCUAGUGAAGCGGGGUAGCCCUAUCGAAUUGCCGCGUUCACUCGAAAUUAGGUCGAACGUGACUAUACAAGGUCGACCCCUGUAUAUAUAUAUUGAACUCGCCGAGAAAUUAAAAAAAAAAAGAAGAAUAUAAUUCGAAUAUAGGUCGACCCAUAUCUUUUUUGAAAAAGGAGUAACUUAGAACUUGACACACCUUUAUGUAUCGUUAAGCCCUAUAGGGUAGCACACUCUGGUUAAGAUCCCUGCCUUUCUCUCAUUUGCAUCUCUCUCGCUCUCUCUGGCUACUGAAUCUCGCCAGUUGGCGCCACAAGCGGCGUUCUCGUCGGAUGCUUCUCAGGCGUCCUCGGAAUCCCAGACGACGUCGCCCUUCGUGGAGGUCCAUUAGUUUGGUACAUUGCUAGCCUUGUUCACGAAUAUAGGUCGAGAUUCUUCGGUCUAGAGUAUAGAGCUCUAGCUCAUCUUCGGUCACAUUUUCAAAAAAAAAAAAAAGAAAUACGGGUAAAGUUAUAUUCCGACAAAUGCGGUAAUUUGAGAAAAAGACGACGCAACCUCUUUUAGGCGAGAACAGGCGCGAACAUCCUGACGCGUUGAUUUGUCUAGAAUCCUGGCGCUCUAUAGUGGGCUAUGCGAGGGUACUGGCACACCCCUUUGACUUCGGGAUUCUCGUGUACACGUUAUUUAUUGCUUUUGAAAGAAAAAAAAAAGACAACAUCAAUCAACCAAUAUGUAUUGUCAAGCGCUCAGGAUCAACUUGUCGACUUUGAUGCUUUAUGCACACGCCAAUGCAUGCACGAGCUGAUUAGGGAACUGUGAUUAUACAUGCCAUAGCAAAAUGAAGCGAAGACAUUAUGAUUUUGUCACAUUAUAUAGAGGGAUAGAUUUGCAGAAAAUAUAUACAAACGGCAAUAUUUAGAAAAAGUACUUAAAUAUAUAGACUAUGCGGAAGUAAAGAAUAAAGGAAACAUAUUGCACAGGACAAAAAUAUAGUUGCAGAAUGAGAUAAAUGUACAGUGCGAAUUAUGUGCACCGUAAAACCAAGGAAACAUAAUACUGUAAUAAGACUACAAAUUAGGCUAUUUGCUUCUGUAUGUGCAUAUAUUCUGUGUAAAUCGGAAUAAAAUUUCAGUUGUGAGAAA